GGUGACCCGGGCCCCGCCGCUCCCCCGCUCCCCCGGCCCCGCCGCUCCCCCGGCCCCGCCGCUCCCCGCCGCCAUGAACUUCUUACGGGGCGUCAUGGGCGGCCCCACCGCCGGCAUGCAACCCUCCGGCGCAGAGACGAUCCAGAAGCUGUGCCACCGGGUGGCCUCUUCCACGCUGCUGGAUGACCGGCGGGACGCUGUGCGGGCUCUGAAAGCCUUGUCCAAGAAAUACCGUCUGGAGGUGGGUGUGCAGGCCAUGGAGCACCUGAUCCACGUCCUGCAGACAGACCGUUCAGAUUCUGAAAUAAUUGGCUAUGCCUUGGACACUCUCUACAAUGUAAUAUCCAAUGACCUAGAAGAGGAGGAGCAAGAUGACUCUGAAGAGGAGAACUUGCCAAAACAAGUUGAUGACCUGGGAAGUCAGUUCACAGAGAUUUUCAUUAAACAGCAAGAAAAUGUCACACUCCUGCUGACACUUGUGGAGGAGUUUGAUUUCCACGUGCGUUGGCCAGGAGUGAAGCUGCUGACAUCCCUGCUCAAGCAGCAAGGGCCUCAGGUGCAGCAGAUAAUUCUGGUCAGCCCCAUGGGUGUUUCCAGACUCAUGGAUUUACUAGCAGACUCUAGGGAGGUUAUACGAAAUGAUGGAGUGUUGUUGUUACAGCAGUUGACAAAAAGUAAUGCAGCCAUACAGAAGAUUGUUGCCUUUGAGAAUGCCUUUGAGAGACUUCUGGAUAUCAUAACAGAGGAAGGAAACAGCGAUGGAGGAAUAGUAGUAGAAGACUGUCUCCUCCUAAUACAAAACUUGUUGAAGAAUAACAAUUCCAAUCAGAAUUUCUUCAAAGAAGGUUCCUACAUUCAGCGUAUGAAGCCUUGGUUUGAAGUUGGAGAUGACAACUGUGGGUGGUCUGCACAGAAAGUAACCAACCUUCACCUCAUGCUGCAGCUUGUGCGGGUCCUCGUGUCUCCCACAAAUCCCCCCGGUGCUACCAGCAGCUGCCAGAAGGCAAUGUUUCACUGUGGGUUGUUACAGCAGCUCUGCACCAUCCUGAUGGCAACUGGAGUUCCUGCUGAUAUCCUGACAGAAACCAUUAACACUGUAUCAGAGGUCAUUCGAGGAUGCCAGAUGAAUCAAGACUACUUUGCCUCUGUAAAUGCACCCUCUAAUCCACCAAGGCCUGCAAUUGUAGUGCUUCUGAUGUCCAUGGUAAAUGAAAGGCAGCCUUUUGUGCUACGUUGUGCUGUUCUCUAUUGCUUCCAGUGCUUUUUAUACAAAAACCAGAAAGGACAAGGAGAAAUUGUUUCAACACUACUGCCAUCUACUAUUGACGCUACAGGUAACUCUGUCUCAGCUGGUCAGCUGCUGUGUGGGGGCCUCUUCUCCACGGACUCCCUGUCCAACUGGUGUGCUGCUGUGGCCCUGGCCCAUGCCUUGCAGGAGAAUGCCACUCUGAAGGAGCAGCUCCUGAGAGUCCAGCUGGCCACCAGCAUUGGCAACCCCCCCGUCUCCCUGCUGCAGCAGUGCACCAACAUCCUCUCACAGGGUGAUAAGAUCGACAGACGGGGCAGCAAGGUACAGACCAGGGUUGGACUACUGAUGUUGCUUUGCACUUGGCUCAGCAACUGCUCAAUUGCUGUCACCCACUUCCUCCACAACCCAGCCAAUAUUCCUUUUGGCAGAUAGCUGAAAACGCUUGGAGAAGAGGAGCAGCUCGUCCAAGGCCUGUGUGCACUUUGCUUGGCUUCCAUCUACUACAAUGACAAUUCCCUUGAAGAUUACAGGAAAGAGAAGCUGAAACAACUGAUUGAGAAGAGGAUUGGUAGGGAGAACUUCAUUGAGAAGCUUGGCUUCAUUAGCAAACAUGAGCUUUAUUCCAGAGCUGCUCAGAAACCACAGCCCAGUUUUUCUAGCCCAGACCACAUGAUGUUUGAUCAUGAAUUUACCAAGCUUGUAAAGGAAUUGGAAGGUGUCAUUAGUAAAGCCAUCUACAAGUCCAGCGAGGAAGAUAAAAAGGAGGAGGAGGUCAAGAAGACACUGGAACAGCAUGACAACAUUGUGACUCACUACAAAAAAGUAAUCAGAGAACAGGACCAGGAGCUUGAGGAAUUAAAACAACGGAUCAGCACUUUAACAUCUCAAAAUGAGCAGCUCCAAGCAACAGUUACACAGCAAGUGUCCCAGAUCCAACAGCACAAGGACCAGUAUAAUCUCCUUAAAGUACAGCUAGGAAAAGACAAUCAGCACCAUAAUUCCCACAGUGAUACAUUUCAGAUGAAUGGCAUUCAGACAGAAGAAGUGAGCAAACUGAAAGAGGAGCUGGAAGAAUGGAAAAGCAACCAUGAAGUGCUGCAAGGGCAGUUAAGGGAAAAGGAUUCUCUGAUUGAGAAAUUGAAAUCAUCACAGCUAGAAGUGGGAACAACAGAGCAGUCUUCACAGACCAGCAAAUCUGGUGGCUUGGAGCUCAGUAAUGACCUACACAAGGAAUUAGAGAUGCUCAGGAGUCAGAUACUGCUGCAGUCUGCAGAAAUCUCUAAGCUUCAGAUGGAGAAUCAAAAGCUCCAAGUAAUGAAUACAGCUGCAGAGCCUGUGUUAGGAGACAGCAGUGCAACAGCAGCAAACAGCUUGGACCUGGAGCAAGAGAUAAAAGAAUUAAAGAGUGAAGUCAAAGCCCUUUCUGAAGAAAAAGAAUCAUUGAAACAGCACCUGGAUUCUUCCAGGAGUACAGUUGCUAUCUUGCAAGAUGAGAAAAGUAAACUUCAGCAAGAACUUGCAGAAUCAAAGAAAGAACAGGAUGAUCUUCUGGUGCUUUUGGCUGACCAGGAUCAGAAACUGUCUGCACUGAAGAUGAAGCUGAAGGAUCUGGGUGUACCGGUUGAAGAUGAAGAUGAUAUUGAAUCUGGAGAUCAAGGAGAUGAAGAUGAAGAUGGAGAUGAAGAUGAGCAAGACUAGAAUAUGUUUGUGUGUUACCAUGAAAAGCAGUUUGGAUUGUUGGGAAAAAUCUAUUGUUGGUUUACAAAGUGAAACAUCUGCCUGUGAGGAGCAGAUGGGAAAGUGGCAACUGUGAGAUAGUUAUAAGUUACUGAAGUGUUGGAAAACCCUUCAUACUAGGUAAAGCAAACAAAAUUCACUGUUUUAAGUUCUACAUGAGUAUCCCAAAUUGUACUUGUUUAGAAGUUGCUUUAGACCCUGUUUAAAGCACGGGGAUGACAAUGUUGCUGCCUCAGAUCACUAUCACUGACAGAAGUUCUGUGCAUUUGUCAAUGGUUUUAACCUUCUGGAACUCUUAACAUAAUUAAAUACAAGAGUCUUUGGUUUAACAUCUGUCAAAGGGAGUCAUUGCCCCUGCCUUCAGCGUGGAGCUUCCUGGAAAGGGCAGUGGUGUGGUGGAAGGGUUGGGGUGGCUGUGGUGUGUGGUGGCCACUCUGCCAGCUGCAGGGGCUGGUUCUUCAGGGUGAAUGGUCCUGCACACUGUCCUGUGCCUUGACACCUCCUGUGGCUCCUUGUGGAACCCCCAGGGGAACCCCAACCCUGUGCUGAUAAUUGGGAAGAGGUUUCAUGGAAACCUUGGCAAGAGAGGGAGCCUUUGCAAGAAGAAUCUCACUGGAAAAACAGACCAGUACACUUUUUCUUAAAGGUCUAACGUGCUACUGAGUCAGCAUAGAAAAGAAGUAAAAAUCUUGUUGACUACUUCAGUAAGGAAAUGAAAACUGUUAUGAUUUAUAUAACUUAUUGGCUCUUGAUGAGUGAAUAAAA